AAAAAAAAUGACAAGUGAGGAUAUUUGCUCUGCAUGCACAUGUAGGAAAUGCAUCAUGUCCCUGCAUUGGGAGUUGAGUGUGGUCUGACUGAUCACAAUUCCACUGUGUAAGAUACAUAGCAAGAGGGGUGACAUCAAGUUCCACAGCAUCGCGGCACGUUGAACUGGAAAUAUGUUUCUGUGGAUGCAGCUCACCCCAGUGUUUGCAUUCCUGGCUGCGGUCUCAAUUUCCGACGAUCCGGCUUCAACUAUUCCCAACACGGGGAUUGUCUGCAGAUUUACCAAGGAAGCGGGGCUAGUAUUCAACCAGGAAACCAGUGAUGUAAUCCAGGCCACUUUUCGACACGCUUCAUUCCCUGACAUAGAAGGGAAGACCUCCAUCCUGCUUUUAGGCUCAGUCUCGUACAGCUUUAAAAAUUUGCAGAUAAACAACAUGUCUGUUGAAAGGAGUGAUGUCGACCUCAGUAAUGAGAAAGGAAUCCUAAUUGCUAUCCAAAAUGUGGCUGCUGCAUUUGAAGGGACAAUGGAAUAUGCAUACUCCAACUGGCUGUUGCAUCUGAAUCAUUCACUCGAUUUUGAAAUUCAUUCACAGACUGAUGUUAAUCUUGCCGUAAUGUUGGCCUAUGACAAUGGGCGAUUUGCUGUAACUAUCCCCGACUGUCAGCUGAAUUUUGACAAGUUGACACUGAAAAUACAAAGGGACAAAGAGGCCAACUGGAUCCAAAAACUCUUCGCAGAUUUUGUCUCUUUCACUUUGAGACAUAUUGUUAAAGGACAGAUCUGUGCAGAAAUUCACAAAAUGGCAAAUCUACUGGCAGACUUCACUCUGGAUCAAGCAGGAUUGUUUAUACAAGAUGGGGAGAUUGCCACAAGUGUCAAGCUAACCAGUGACCCAGUACUUACCUCAGGAUACAUUGAAUCACGGCAUGAGGGUAGUGUCUCCUACAAGAACUCUACAGUUUUCCAGAAGCCCAGUGCCAUCCCUGUUGAGAGAGGGGAGAUCAGAAUGUUUAAUCUCUGGGUGUCAGAGCCAGUCAUCAACUCUCUCCUUUUUGCAGCACAUCAUGACAAUCGCUUGACCCUGACACUCUCUGAUGGCCAUUUGUUGAAACUUUUUGAAGAUGGAGAACCUAAAAUUGAGUCGAACCUUUUACAGCAGAUGGUCCCUGGCAUUCCUAUGCAUAACCUGAUGAUAACACUUGGGUCCCUAAGACCACCUUCCGCUCUCUUCAAGCCUGUCGGCACCAUUCUCCAGGCCUCUGUAUCCCUGCAAGUUGACGUGUUGUCCAGCAGUGAAGACUCAUACAUGGCACUGUAUUUGGAAAUGGAUUCUGAAACUAUUGUCCAUACAUCUUACGCAGACAGCAAAAUCCAUCUGCGGCCCUCUUCCCAUCACUGGUCCAUCAAAGUCGUAAGGAGUAAUCCUGCAAUCGCGCUGGAUGAGAGCAAAGUUAAAUGUUACUUGGAGGCAUUUUUCGCAGCGGGAGGAUUAGAAAAGAUAAUCUCAUAUAUUGAAUUUUACAUAACAGCCCUACUUCACAAGAAAGGACUUCGCUAUUUUAACAUUACCAACCCUGUGAUGGAGACAUAUGAGGGUUAUGUGACCAUUGGGACGGACUUUGGCUUUCCCCGGCAGUUAUUAGAGAAUUUCCUUCGUAACCUUGCACCAAUAAUAAGGACCUAAGUCUACAAUGUAUGGUGAGGAUCGCUUGGAUGGAGACUCAAUGAAGCGAUGGCUCUCAUCAGCUUGUAAGAAAAAUCUUUGUACUGAAGAUGUUCGAUUGCUUUUUGUCAAAUUGUCAGUGAUUUACUGCUUUUAUUAUGACUCAUUACAUUGACAUAUAUAAGAGUGGCAUUUAAUCAAAUGGAAUACAGGAGACAUUUGUCGUUCCCUUUAUUUUCGCAAUGUAUCAUUUGUUUAAUAUUAUGUUACUCUGCAGUUCUAAUCCAUAAUAUUUCUGUCAAUCCUCUACUACAUGCAGGUUCCCAGUGACUCCUUCCAGCAAUUAUAUUAUCCAUUUACGGAAUUUUACAUUUUCUUUUACACAUGAAGCAUAUUUUAAGUUUUUGAGGAGGAGGUUGGGUGGUGAGAGACAAGCUUUCAGGGCAGAAUAUGGAAGGAGGAAAUCCGAGUUCAAUGUUAAAGAGCAACCUCAUGCCUUGAGUCCUUUUGGUCAUUUUUCAGACCUCUCCUCACCACUGUGUCCACAACACCUCAGCAGUUUUCAAUCCAUUUUUAUAAAGUGCUGAUGUCUGGGCAGUAAGUUUCAGCCAGCACUUUUGGGCUUCCAGUCAAAACUAGAAUAUAGGCACUUAAGAAAUACAAAUUGUUGAUGAGAUAAGAGGAACUGAUGACCAAUAUCAACUUGCAUUAUCUCGUGACAUUGUACGUGGCAGCACUGUGAGCAUCCAUGUCAUUUUCCAAUGUAUUGUGCUAUUUACAAUUGAACUGAAGAGACAGUGAAAACAUUACAGGCCAUCAGAUGGUAUCAUCACA